AUGAGAUCCAUCUUUGCUGUAGCAGCUUCCCUCCUCUCUCUUGUCCUGUUUGCAACUUGUAUAGAAGCAAGAAAAGAUUCUGGGGAAUACUGGCAUGGAGUGGUGGGUGAUGAGCCUAGGCCCCAAUUAGUGCAAGGCAUUGUCCACUUGUCUAAGGUAACUUCGCCCGGUUCACAUAAAAAAAGUGACUGUCACCAUGGCUCGCCUGACGCACAUUCAAAAUCCUACUCCAAAGACUUUGAGCCGAGACCUAACGUAUCGGCUUACACUGAUGAUGUCAAAACUAAAUAUGGAAGAUCUUUCGGUAAGGAUUUUGAGCCGAGACCUAAUGUCUCGGCUUACACUGACGAUGACAAAGAAGAAAACAAGAAAUCUUUCGUUAAAGAUUUCGAGCCAAGGCCAAAUAUAUCUGCUUACACUAAUGAGGCUAAAUUAGGGGACGAAAAAUCUUUUGAUAAAGACUUUGAACCGAGACCUAAUGUGUCGGCUUACACCGAUGAUGCCAAAACUAGGCAAGGCAAAUCUUUCGUGAAAGAUUUCGAGCCAAGGCCGAAUAUAUCUGCAUACACUGAUGACGACAAAGAAGAAAACAAGAAAUCUUUUGUUAAAGAUUUCGAACCAAGACCAAAUGUCUCUGCUUACACUGAUGAGGCUAAAUUAGGGGACGAUAAAUCUUUUGAUAAAGACUUUGAACCGAGACCUAAUGUAUCGGCUUACACUGAUGAGGUUAAGUCAGAUGACAAGAAGACUUUCGUUAAAGAUUUUGAGUCGAGGCCUAAUGUCUGGGCUUACACUAAUGAUGUCAAAACUGAAAGCGGAAAGUCUUUCCGUAAAGAUUUUGAGCCGAGGCCUAAUGUCUCGGCAUACACUAAUGAUGUCAAGACAGACGAUGAGAAAUCAUUCGGUUCUGCUGUGGAGAAGGUAAUCGAUGUCAUUGGGAGGAUCUAA